AUGAGACCCGAAAAAGGAUUUUACAAGUCCACCCUCAUCAAGAAAAGGAUGGUGGUGGUGCUCAUGAUACAUGGAGAAAUGCGACAGCAGGGCUGGCCUGGACUGGACUGGAACAGGACAAAACUAUACAGGAUUGACAGGAAAGAUGAAAUUUCUCAUAAGCUAAUGUUAGGUGUUCAAAACCACACAUGCAUGCGGCCUAUCAGGAUCUUUGCUACAGCAGGUUAA